UUUGCCUAUGUGCACUGGGGAUUGUGAGACGCGAACGGCGGAGGUCCUAUGGCCGAGAGCGGACGUUCGCCCGAUGGCGAGAUUCGCAAACUGAGGAAGAAGCUGAGGCAGAUUGAAAACCUCGUGCAUCUGCCGCGAACGCUCACGGAGGAGGAAGCGAUUAAAGUAAAAUUUAAUACUUUGACAAGGAAAAUGUUAAUGUUAUUUUAAUAGGGCGGCAAAAUCCCUUCUUUUAGAUUCGGUAACACGCAUGCUCGCUGUGGGUCGUGCGUCUCGGAACGUGAUUGGCUGGAAUCGGCCAGAGUGGGUGGCGCCCACGGCGAUUUACCCUCGAGCCACGCCCUGCCGUGUGACCCAGAAAUGCGAGCUGCGGCGGAGGUUGGCGGGGCUGCUGAGGGCUCUCGAGGAGCGGGAGGGGGACCCUGAGCCCCCCGCGCCGGCGACAGCGCCGACAACGCCCCCCGUCGCCGCGCCUGAUCCGGCGACAGCGACGACAACGCCCCCCGUCGCUGCGCCUCGGCACGACGGAGGCGACGGCAUGAAGCGAACAAGCGGGACGCGGGUCUCCGCUCACGCUGCCCCAGAGACCGCGUGUGCACCCGCGAAGCAGCCUAAGCAGGAGGCGCGGAGCGAGGGGACGCCAGAGAAAACACGCGCCGGACAAGCAGCGAAAGAAGCGGGGGCGCGUCCGACGGUGACGACGGCGCCGGCGGUGGUAUCGGCGGCGGCGGCGAAGAAGGAGGCGGAGCCGGCGGCCGCGGCGGGGCUGCGGCGGCUGCGGGAGCGCUGGGGGAACGCGCGCUUCGCCGUGACGCCGCUGGUGGGCCACAGCGACCUCAUCACCGCCGUCGCCUUCCACGGAUCGUACAUCGUCUCCGGCAGCCGCGAUACAACGGUGAAGCUGUGGCACGCCGCGACGGGCACGGAGGAGGCCAACCUCGGUGGGCACACGGGCAGCGUCACCUGCGUGGCCAUCGCCCCAGCCGCCACCGCCACCGCCAUCGGGAAGGCUCUUGAUUGCGCGGACGAUGAGGAUUUCUUGGCGAGUGGAUCCAGCGACUGCACAGUCAAGAUCUGGUCUCUGCGCACAGGGCAGGAGGUGCGGAGCGUCUACACCUACAGCCCCGUGUCGGCGAUCGUGUUCCUCCCCGACCCGGGGCUCCUCCUCUCCGCGUCCGACGGAGGGAAGCUGGACAUGUGGGACCUCACGACGGGCGCCAGCGUGCAGUCGUUUCGUGCUCACGAAGAGGCCAUCACCUGCCUGCAGCUGCACGGCUCGCUGGCGUGCACGGGUGGCCGGGAUGGCCAGGUGCGCGUGUGGGAGCUGCGCCCCGGCCCCCGCCUGCACCUGCUCUUCUGCACGGAGGGCGAGGAGUGGAGCGCCGACGGGCGCCGCCGCGGCGCGUCCCCCCUGCGCUGCCUCCUCGCGGCGCCGCGACCCCACGGCCGCCUCCUCUACUCCGCCGACGAAGGCACCAGCAUCCGGGUCCUCGACUGGCGGACGGGCUCCAUAUUGCGGAAGCUGCCCAACCACAACAGCGAUUGCGGCUUCACCGACUGCCUGUCCACGGCGAGCGGCGGCGGCGAUGGCGACGCUCGCCUGAUGCUGUCCGCGGGCUACGACAUUGACCGAGGUCACGGCUACAUCAACGUGCGGCUGCUUGCGGAGGGCGGGGAGCCGUACGUGGCGACGCUGGGGGGUGAAGCGACCCCCCGCGUGCUCUGCGUCGCCACCACCUGCACCCCCAGCGGCCUGCAGCGUUGGGGCACGGGGGGGCGGAGCCUCCUGCUGUGGGAGGAGCUCCCGCACGGGGGUGGAGCCAGCAGCCACCACCGCGAGGACGGACACGUUGUGGUCUCGAGCUUCCGGCGCGAGUUUGAGCGCGACGAAGACGUCUGGAGCGAUGACGAGAGCUCGGCCUCCGACAGCUCGCUCGGCUCAUAUUCCAGGGCUUCGAGCAGCGAAGACGACACGGAGCCUGUGAACGGGAGGAGGAGGACCUGGUGCAGCGUCAUGUGAUCACAGCCCAGGGGGCCACCGGCCACACGCGGAACGGUGGCUCGCGCGUCGUUUCCACAACCACUGCCGGCCCAGUAUCGGCCCAGUUUUGUCUCAGGCUCCGUGAUCAACUCUGCUUCUCCGUCACCUCUUUGCUACACCGACAACCGAGCCGUGCCGUGCUGUGCGUUGGCCAGCCCUGAUGCGGAUCCGGAGGCGCCAGGGCGUUUUUUCCACUGCGCGAGCCGAGCCGAGCCGUGCCCGUGCCGCUGACGUCGCGCGCGAGGAAUGCAAAUUCAAGUGCCACCCCUGGCCCCGGCUUGGCCCCGAGCGGGAUUCAGACGUCUCGUGACGCCAGCGUAGCACGGUUUGGCUCUGGGAAACUACCCCUUACCGUGAGAGUGCCACGCUGGCUCAGCUGGGGUAUUGCCACUUGGCAACCGGGCCCGUGCUGGCCCGGUAUCAGACUGGUUCCGGCCCAGGCAGAGCACUAGGGCACGAAGUCAGUUCCCAUGAUGUGUGAGCCACGGGGCACACUGUGGGCUCACCCCCCCCCCCCCCCCCCCAUACACUAAAUUUCAGAGUAGACUGAUGACUUGAUGGGAACAGUUUACCCACCGUGGAUUACCCAUUCAGGAAUCGACUCCCGUUAAAAAAUAACAUAUAUAAAGUACCUUUUUCUCCGCCUUUAUCUCGAUUGUUGCCAUCGUCGUCAUCAUGAGAUGAGCAUGCGUUUCACUUUGGAGCUCUGGCACAGACGUGAGUCCAAGUCGGAGCGUGCGUGCCCCCCCCCCUCCCACCCUCUGCCCCCCCCACCCCCCGCACCCUCCGAUUAGCACGGGCGGCUACGUACGGUGCGAAAAGAAGUUCGGCGCGCACACGUACAUACGUAUGUAGAAAUUCCACAUUCCUUCGGCAGAGGCUGUUCCUCCAAAAACACAUUUGCUUGACGCUGGAGGUAGAAUAAUGAUGAUGUUCCAAGUCAACCCGUGACCGGGACUCGACCGCGAUUGUGAGUGGAACGCUGUGCUUUACCAUGGCAUCUUCUGGCCGGUUGAUAUGACCGACAACACUAAUUAUCACAAUAAUAUUAAACUGUAUCGUUCGUUAUUCCACACGCGCGCCGUGUCGGUCUCAUGUCAGUGUUUCACGUCUUAUCUCGGCAGGUGGUCGCCGUCGGAAUGCGAGGCGACGAUCCAGAACCACUCCGGGGGUGUUCAGGGAAGGCCCCCCCCCCCCCCCCGUGAUCCCAGGGGGUGGUUAGGCCCCGGGGGGGGGGGGUAGGGCCCAGUGGGGGGGGGUUAGGCCCCAGGCUUUGAUUCCGCGGAAGGGGAAACCCGCGGCGCCUUCUCGUUUGCGUGCCACUUUGCUCCGAAGCAGUGUGGAUGAUUUUUUUCCGUGGUAGGGUUUGACCGAUAGACGCCACGGACUUUCAGCAGUCGCCUCCCACGUAGUCAGAUCCCACACUCGGACCGUGUGCGAAAGCGAUCGAUCGAGAGUGGGCGCAGCGUAGGGGUUCAUCUUGCCUCUGCCGAUUGGGAAAUCGUCGACGUAAAUAUGAGCGAGUGAUGGCGCCGAGAGCCCAUAGGAGACCGUCGAGUAAAGGUCCGUGCAUGUCGGCGA